AUGCCGCCGCCAUCUCGGAGUCCAAAUGCGAAGUACGAGUCGUUGAUAUUAUGUUUUGGAUUGUUUGUGCAGUUUGUCGCGCUCACGACUGAAUUCAAAGUCGAUGUCGAAGCGUACUUAAGCACGUUGACGUGGAAAGAGGGCGUGACGCCUAUGAAAACCCUCCAGGACAUUACCGAUUACAACGCUGCGCACCCCAACACGGAGCUCAACGUGCUCGAUCAAUCGUUGCUGUUGCUGUCGCUCAACGGCCCAAACCAAAGCAGCAGCGUCUACCUGGAUGCGCUGGCCGUAUGCCAAGACUUGGCCGGACGCAACUCCCCCGGAUACCCUUCGAUUGCGGGGUGGCCCAUCCUCUCUAUACCCUUGGGGUACAACCACUCGGUGCCGUUCGGCGUGUCCUUUGUCACGCCCAAGUACCACGAAGAAAAACUCCUGCAAUAUGGCUACGUGUUUGAACAAGCCACGAAAGCGCGUGUGGCACCCCAGUUUUUACCAGACAAUUAA